GUACGCUGCAAAAGCCGACCUAGUGAUCGCGCUGAGUCGUGUGAUACUUAAAAUCUUGUAUAAUCUUCCCUCCACGUCUCCGUCACGUCCCGGAUGCCGACCCGGUCCAGCAGCCGACGCAGGGGUUUUAGGGUUUAGACUUUUAGGGUUCUCCUAUUUUGGACUUAAAAUCUUGUAUAAUGUCGCGGCCGAAGAAGAUGAAGAGUGGGUGGUGUAUUGCGUUGCCAUUUUUCUAGAUGAAUUUUUAUAUGUAGUGAGGUCACCGAACGGUUCUAACCGGGGAGUUUUUUUGCCAUGUCCCGUGAAAAACGGCCGGCAGUUUCCAAGCGGGCGGAAGCGUUUUUGGACAUAAAAAAUUUGCAAUUAUCAAGCGGCCGGGGCUCUGCCAUCAAACAAGCCCAGUCGAAAACUAUCGACUCGCACUUGAUAAAACGACGCAGGGGAGCCGGCAAAAGGGGCGCCCUUCUGAGGCGCCCACCCCCUUGGUUUCUGGCGAUUUGGGGCGUCCAAAAAGGGGCGCGCAAAAAACGCGCCCAAAAUCAGAACAGCGAAACAGCAUGGCACGGCCGCGAUUUCGGAGCAUUUUGGGCGGCCGCGAAAGCGGCCGCCUUUUCGCCGGUUUCAGAGCCUGGGAAGCUUUGCAAAAAGCGCCGGCGUGAAAAAUAAAAACGGGAAAAAGAAAAAGCGGCCCGCGCGCGCAAAGCCAAUCCGCAUGCUAUGGGCCCGAUUUUCCUUCGCUUUUUGGGCGCCCCCCGUGGCACCCGGAUCGGCCCCAUAGCAUGGGGGCUGGCUUUCGGUAAGGAAUUUCGGGAAUUUGCCAAAAUUUGCGACGUUUCCCAAGUGGCCGCCAUACCGUGCGGCAUAACGCUACUCGCGGUGGUAUGGCGAGCCCAUAAAAAGCAAAGCCGCGGCCAAGGCUGCGGUCGGCAAAAAAACGCCCACGACCUCACUACCCCCGCCCCGGCGGCUAUAUUUGGUAGUUGAAUGCACCAGCAACAGGGAUGAGCUCCGUGUUCGUGAACGCCUGGUGAGUUUAUUUCUUCUAUUAAGCCGAUCAUGAAUAAGCCUAUGCAAAGCCGAGGAACCGUCCAAACAAGCUUGGGCGUUUGAUCGUGUGGCUGAACCACAAUUAUCUUAAUCUUGAAAGAUAACAUUACCAGUGUAUUUUUUAAACAUGAUGAGGACGCACAGUUGCAGAAUGAGCAUCACUAGGCCCAAAGCGUAAGUCACCCAGUCUCAGUUGAUUCGUGAUGAAUUUGCGAUGAAUUCGCGGAUAUUUUCACCGCAUCAGGUUGUUAAAGUUGAAGACCAGCCUUCUGUAAGAUGUGAGCCAAGAAGAGAUUUAAGACAGCGCCAGCGCCUCUCUGUAGUUUUGCACGAGAAAUUGCAACGAGAAAUUCCAAGUGCUUGGUGAACAGCAGCGUUUUUUUCGUAGAACAAGAGAAGUUGAAGGGUCUGCUUGUUUAAAGAUGUAAUGGAAGACGAGUAGCACUUCGAAGAUUUGGCUGGAUGGGGACGAUUUUUCUUGCGAACAAGUCACAUAGGCAUGCUUCUAGUUGUCGGCAAUAGAUUGAGGGUCUGCGAGGAGAAGAACGCUGUGAACAUUAUGUAAGAACUCGCGCCCAUUGAUGUAGUCGUGAACGCUUCUAGUAUACAUCUGAGAAUGCAUAGGAUCAGAAAUUCCAUCUCGUUGUUGACGAAUUCGCUGUCCUGGUACAACACGACAGCGCACCAGUCGUAUUUUUACGCUCUGGCGCAUCCGAUGAGGGAACUUGAGCGGAAUUUCGUGGAAUUUCUCGGGGAAAAAAAAACUCUUAGCGCCGGAGCAGCAGCGUAGCUAACAGCCGCGCGGUCGCUGUGUGAAAG